GGAGAGAGAGGGAGAGAACAAACCAACAUAACCACUAGAGCUGUGGGCACGUAGGUCAAAACAUGUUUACUAGCUCCUUAAUCAAUAAUUGAAUCCACCUUAUUUCUUUUCUCUCUCCUUCCAUCACUUCCUUCAGAUACACUUUCCAUGCCCAUCUAUAUAAUGAUUGAAGCAAUCCAUAACUUCCCCUAUGGUAGCAAACCUGAUUUUGAUCACAUGAUGAGUUCUUCAAUCUUUCUUCUAUACUGCCUUCUCACAUUCUCUUUGUAUUCCAUCUCCCAACACACAAGCUACAGUUAUUCUCUAGACUUUACACCAGCGAGGAAAUUAAGCAUGUCAUCCCCUGGCCAUGACCACAAAUAUCAUGAAACUCAGGUAGCAGAUGAGAGAAUGGAAGGUGCUCCUGCCAAUGCAGAUUUCACAACACUAGAAAUUACCAGCAACAGUUACAGUCCUCAUGAUCUUAUCUAUCAUACAGAUUACCAUGGAGUAACAACUCAUCCAACUCCUAAGCAUCCAAAACCAUAGGCUGCAGUUUUAAUUUUGAUUUGUGAAAGAUAUAUGCAGACAUGUAUUCUAGUUCUUAUCAAUAUAUAAAUGUAAUGCACUGUGUGUAUGGAGAGAAAAAAAGUUAUGUUUAUAUACUGGAAGUAAGUACAUGAUUCUUUUUUCUUA